ACCCGACAAUCUCGUGAAAAAAAAUCACUGACAUGACAUGACAAUAAUAUCAACGUCACGAGCUCCUAAACUACAUAAGCAAAUGUGUCAUAUAUGGCGUUGAUAUAUUACCAACACGUUAAUUGAAACACCUUGAAUGUAACCAGUGUUUAACAGACCUCCAGCCAGCAAACAAUUAUGGAAGAUUUUCCAUAGCGAGUGCUGUAAAAAUAUCCGCAAAGUUGUGUGCUAUUAGGGAAUUUUUCGGGUUUGCAUGUGUGUGAAAUAAAGUAUAGAUUUGUAGUAAUUGUUAUGUCUUUAUUAUCGAGAGGAGUGCUAAAAGGAAAGUGGCUAAAUGUUUUCAGAUAUGUGAAGGUGUUUAGUUAAUGAAUACUUUGUUGAAAAGUCGUCUGGGAACUGUAAAUUUAGUUUUCGAAGUGCUGAACUGCGACUCUUGGGAUUUUUUUAUGACUGUGUUUUGUUAAUGGACGUCUUUUGGGCUAGAAAGAAAUUGAGGUUCUAGAAUUUUCGGGUGAUUUUGAACUUUUUGUACUGGGAAUUGAAUAACAAUUUGAAAAAAUACGCCAUGUCAUCGAAAUUCUUCAGCCGCUUAGCGCAGUUAGGCGCCGGAAUCGUGAUCACAAGUGGAGUAGCCAACAAUGCGUUAUACAACGUCGAUGGUGGAGAAAGAGCGGUUAUAUUCGAUAGAUUCAAGGGCAUAAAUAAACAAGUAAUCGGCGAAGGCACACAUUUCAUCAUCCCUUGGGUGCAAAAACCAAUUAUUUUCGAUAUUAAAUCGAAACCUCGUAAUGUUUCGACCAUAACUGGAAGCAAGGACCUUCAACGCGUCGAAGUGACCUUGAGAAUCCUGUUCAGACCAGUCGCAGAUGAAUUGCCAAAAAUCUACACGACUUUAGGAGAAGAUUACGACACCAGAGUCCUACCAUCAAUUACAGGAGAAGUUUUAAAAGCUGUCGUAGCCCAAUUCGAUGCCAGUGAACUUAUAACUCAAAGAGAAAUGGUUUCUUAUAAGGUCAAUGAAAAUUUGACCGAAAGGGCUCGGCAAUUUGGUCUAAUUUUGGACGAUAUCGCGAUUACACACAUAACCUUUGGCAGGGAGUUUUUACAAGCAGUUGAGCUAAAACAAAUAGCACAAUUAGAAGCUGAGAAAGCGAGGUUCAUGGUGGAAAAGGCAGAACAGAAGAAAAAGGCUGCAGUGAUUUCGGCAGAAGGUGAUUCUCAGCAGGCAGUGCUUCUUGCAAAGGCGUUUGGGAAUGCUGGAGAAGGUCUGGUGGAAUUAAGAAGGAUUGAGGCGGCUGAGGACAUUGCGUAUCAGCUUUCGAAGUCGAAAAACGUCACUUAUCUACCUGAUGAUGGAUUAGUGAAUCUUAAAAAUUAGAUUUAGGAUAAUCCUAAUAUUUUCCAUUUCCUACCUAUAACUUCCUUUUCCAUUCCAAAUACAUACAAUAAUCUUCCAAAUAAAUAAUAAUUAUUUUAGAUAAAAUAAAUUAAAAUUAUACUACCCCUAUUCCUUUAU